AUGGAUUGGUUAGUGAAGCAUCAUGGUUCAGUUGAUUGUUUCCAGAAUGAGGUCAUAUUUUGUAAUCCUGGACGACCUAAGGUGACUUUCUAUGAGGAGCUUAAAGUUCUUCCAUCUUGCCUCAUUUCAGCUAUGAUGGCUAGACGACUCUCAGUCAAACGAGUGGUCAAACUUCCCAAAUUUGGUCAAUCAGCCCCACUGGGCCCACGACCUCCGAUUUCUGAUCGGAAAGUUCUUACGAGUUCAACAAAGUUUACUAAACAUGUUCUUCAAGUUUGGUCCAGAUCAAGCGGCCGGAUUGCUGGCGAUCGCACGAUCGGACGGUCAUCGUUUUACGUAAUCCUUGAAUCAUUCAGUCGGAGCAUUCAGGACUCCAAUUCUCAAUCAGUGAGUUCCUACACAAUCCUAGAGGUAUCUAGAUCAACAUAUUUCAAAAUGAGGCCGAUCUAA